ACGACACUGUUCAGCACCAGACCAUGUUCACCAGUGUGGAGGCAAAUUCAAAGCCCAUUUGAAUUGAGUGGACUAAUAGUUGGUUAGAAACAAUGUCGAGUAGCAUCUCAACAUCACCUGUCACCUGGCAGCCCGAUCUUCUUGCUGAGGGAGCAACAAGAAUCACACCUACUUCAUUGUGACUGACAGCGGGUCGUCAGCGAGGUGCACGCCGGGGGAAGGCUCGCCUCACCGCGGACGCAUCGCUCUGUUUGUUACCCACCGCCCCUCCAUAACAAAACAGCCCCGGUUCUCUGCAUCUUUACCGGAGGAAACGGGAGGAGGACACCGCCUGGAAAUGAGGAGGAUGAGGAUCUUCAUUGCGUCUUUAGGGGAGGAGCCAUUUGUUUAAUACGCUGCAAGGAGAGGUUUUAAUAAUUACCGAGGACCCACACAAGUCCGGUGAAGAAGAGGAUAAAGCAGGAAUCUCCCGAUGAAUCCUUACCUGUGAUGCUCCCCUCUUGACGGGGGCCACCUCCUCCCUUGUCUGCCUCCAUCGGUGCCUCUCUUCGCUCCUUCACUCUCACACACACACACACACACACACACACACACACACACACACACACACACACACACACACACACACACACACACACACACACGCUGCGCUUCUGCUCAUGGUCCUUGGCCUACGCUCCUCAGUUGCCGUUCCAGUCCCAGUAGACCAUGAAGAGGCCCAAACAGCAGCAGACGGGGCCCCUGAGCUUCCUCAACUUCUUCAGUCGAAAGCCCAAAUCGGAAUCGAGGCCCGAAAAGAAUGUAGAGGUCCAGCCCAAAGAGGAAGUAGCCAUCACCCUCACCCUGAGCGAACACCCAGAGCCGGAAUUUGCGACAGAAGAUGCUGCAGAAUCCAAAGUUCCUGGAGGCGAAGAAGUAGGCGCUGAGUCGGUGGAGGAAGGCGCGGUGGCAGCGGCGGCGGCUGCUCCAAGCUGCACCGACGUCCUGUCGCUCUCCUCGUCCAGCCAGGACCAGCAGGUGGACGAGCACCUGGAGGAGUGUCCCUUAUGCCUGCUCAGCCAGCCGCGUUGCAGCUUCCCUCGACUUACCACCUGCUCCCACCGCACCUGCUCCGACUGUCUGCGUCAGUACCUACGCAUCGAGAUAUCUGAGAGCCGGGUGGGCAUCGCGUGCCCGCAGUGCCCUGAGACCCUGGCGCCGCUUGACGUGCGCGCCAUCCUGGAUGACGGGGCUCUGCUGGAAAGGUUUGAGGAGUACCAUCUGAGGCGUUUCCUGGCUGCUGACCCUGACACACGGUGGUGUCCGGCACCUGACUGCAGCUAUGCAGUCAUCGCUUAUGGCUGCGCCGAGUGUCCCAAGCUGAGCUGUGGCCGCGAUGGAUGCGACACGGAGUUCUGCUACCACUGUCGCCAGCUGUGGCACCCCAACCAGACAUGCGACCAGGCCCGACGUCAGCGAGCACGCCACGGCUCGGGCAGUAAGGAUGCCUCAGCUCUGUACGUCUUCAACGAGGAGGGCGGAGGAGAUGCAGAGGAGAUCAAGCCCUGCCCUCGCUGUGGCGCCUACAUCAUGAAGACCAACGACGGCAGCUGUAAUCGCAUGAACUGCACUGUGUGCGCCUGUCAGUUUUGCUGGCUGUGUAUGCAAGAGAUCACCGAUGUGCACUACCUCAGUCCCUCAGGGUGUACGUUCUGGGGGAAGAAGCCGUGGUCGCAAACACGCAAAGUCCUGUGGCAGGUGGGCAUGCUGCUGGGAGCCCCCGUGGUAAUCUCUCUCAUAGCGGGCAUCGCUAUACCCGUCAUCAUAGUGGGCAUACCCAUCUACAUGGGACGCAAGGUCCAUGGUCGCUGUAAGAAAAACAAUAUCUCAGGAAGUAAGCACUACUUGACGGUGGCCAGCGGCGUGAUGAUGUCAGUGUUUGUGUCGCCCGUCAUAGCAGCUGUCACUGUAGGUGUAGGCGUGCCGCUCAUGUUGACGUACGUGUACGGUGUGGUGCCCAUGUCGCUCUGCAGGAACGGAUGGUGUAGACCCAACAGCGAGUCCCCUGACACACACAAGAUUCAACUGGAGGACUUGGCUAGCUACCUUCUGUUCUCUCACGUGGUCAGCGACCACUGGACGGCCCAGAGCAACCCGGUGCUCGGCGACGCCUCUGGCCUCCAGGAGGUCAGCGUGCAGGAAACCAGCUCCCUUCCGAGCACCAGCGCCGCGCCCGCCCCGCUCGGCGGCUUUUUCCCAAAGGAGGAGGAGUCGGUUGAGCGUCCCGCAUACGCUCAGGAGGACAGCCAAUCAGAGCGCACACAAGUGCUUCCUUCCAGGGACGGGACCAACAUUGAAGUCCGCGUGGAAAUCGAGACCCACCCCAGAGGCGCUCGCCAGUCCAGCCUUAGUAGCGUCCUGUCCAGCCGUAGCUUGUCAGCCGAGUCGCUGCAGGGACAGUCGGGGGCGGACGGAGGAGACAAGCCAGGAAGGGAAGAAGGGAGCGUGUUCCUAGAAACAGACUACGUAUGAUACGAUGCACAGGGUCUACGUACGGGAAUAUAACACCCACUAAAAAGGGGGGUGGUGAACAGACGGAUGGACCCGCAGGCCUCGGCCCGCCUUCUGCUCCCCAGACCCUCCCACCAGAUGCCUUUAACCAAUGAGGAAGAGGAGAUCCAUAGUGUGUGUGUGCUAGGAAGUUAGCAUGCCACUGCAAUCAGGAGAGCAUUAUAACCUCACAGCAUGCUAGCUGGCGACUUCAUUCCUUCACCGGACGUCUUCUUUGUUGUCUCAUCUCACCUGUAGCGACCCUCUUCCCAAUAAAUAAAGACACCCUCGCAAAAGCAUGAUCACUAGGAAAGAUGGACGCAUAGUCAGCAUCCGAAGGCGAUUCAUGCCUGAAAGGUGCAUCGUGACUUCAUGGUAUGGACAAAAGUAUUGGGACACGGGAUAGAAAAAAUUAAAUUAGCUCAAAAUGGUUAAUUAUUUCUUCUUAUUUAUAUACUUGUUCAAAAGUUCUUGUAAUCAGACCAUAUUUUCGGUAUAUUAGAUGGAAUCUUUACCUGACAUGCUUCGACUGACGUCUACAGUCUUCUUCAGAAGGGUCACCUGACCACUGUGAUGCUUUGCCUACCAGCUGUACUUACAGGCGUGGCCAACCCGGCAGACUUCUCAAGUCUACCUGGUUUUCACUUUGCAUCAGUCCAUCUUAGAUGAGCUCGGGCCCAGCGAAGCCGGCGGCGUUUCUGGGUGUUGUUGAUGAAUGGCUUUCGCUUUGCAUAGUACAGUUUUAACUUGCACUUACAGAUGCAGCGACAAACUGUAGUUACUGACAGUGGUUUUCUGAAGUGUUCCUGAUCCCAUGUGGUGAUAUCCCCCCAGAAGGUAACCUUUCUAAAGAAGUCUGCAGACGACAGUGGAAACAUGUCAGGUAAAAAUUCCAUCUAAUAUACCGAAAAUAUGGUCGGAUUACAAGAAAAUUUGAAAAAGCUUUCAAUGACCCUUACAUCAGUGGUUCUCAAACUUUUUUCCACUGAGUACCACCUCAGAAAACACUCCAAGUACCACCGUAUUGAACAACGUUGAAGAACAGUAGUGCAGUAGGCCUAAAUAUUCAUUAAAAACAAGGCAGAGGUUUUAUUUAACAAGUAGAUUUAAUAUUGGCGGCCACUGUAACAUUACACACAGUUUGAAUGGUAACACUGUUUAAAUAUUUUAGUGAUUCCGCGUUACCGCAGUUUAGACGAAGAGUUCAAAUUCAAGAUCCCUUAACUCUGGGGUGUCAAACUCGUUUUAAUUGAGGGCCAUAUCGCAGUUAUGUUUGCCCUCAGAGAGCCACUUCUAACACUUCUAUUAUCAGACAAUUGCUUUUGCAUUUGAUGAUUUCUAAUGUAAAUGUAAAUUUUUUUUGUAGAUUUAACAGUAAAAAACUGGCAAAAAUGUUACCGUAAAAUUUACAGUGUUUAUUUUUCAGCAUGUUACUGCAAAUGGAAAAAACAGUACUACUGUUUUAUCACAGUACAAAACUAGCAGCUCUGUUGAUAGAAUUUUACUGUAAAAUGUACAGUGAUUUUUACUGUAAAUAUAAAACUGCAUUUUUACAGUAAAAUUCUGGCAACUUAGCUGCCGGAUUUUACCGUAAAAACGACAACUGUAUAUUUUACUGUGUACUAUUGUGAAUAGCAAAACAGUACCACUGUUUUUUACAGUAAAAAACUGGCAGCUCGGUUGAUAGAAUUUUACUGUAAAAUGUACAGUGAUUUUUACUGUAAAUAUAAAACUGCAUUUUUACAGUAAAAUUCUGGCAACUUAGCUGCUGGAUUUUACCGUAAAAACGACAACUGUAUAUUUUACUGUGUACUAUUGUGAAUAGCAAAACAGUACCACCGUUUUUUACAGUAAAAAACUGACAGGUCAGUCGCAAAAAUGUUACCGUAAAAUUUACAGUGGUUUUUUUUCAGCAUGUUACUGUAAAUGGAAAAAACAGUACCACUGUUUUUCACAGUACAAAACUGGCAGCUCAGUUGAUAGAAUUUUACAGUGUUUUUUUACUGUAAAUAUAAAACUGCAUUUUUACAGUAAAAUUCUGGCAACUUAGCUGCCGGACUUUACCGUAAAAACGACAACUGUAGAUUUUACCUUGUGCUAUUGCGAAUAGCAAAACAGUACCACCGUUUUUUACAGUAAAAAACUGACAUGUCAGUUGCAAAAUUUUUACCGUAAAUUUUACAGUGUUUUUUUUAGCAUCUUACUGUAAAUGGGAAAAACAGUACCACUUUUUUCACGGUACAAAAACAGCAGCUCAGUUGAUAUAAUUUUACAGUGUUUUUUUUACUGUAAAUAUAAAACUGCAUUUUUACUGAAAAAUUCUGGAAAUUUAGCUGCCGGAUUUUACCAUAAAAACGACAACUGUAGAUGUUACCGUGUACUAUUGUGAAUAGCAAAACAGUACCACAAUUUUUUACAGUAAAAUACUGGCAGCUCAGUUUUAUGGUCAAAAAACAGUGGUACUGUUUUUUUCCAUGUAUAGUAAAAUGCUGUAAAACUACAGUAAAUUUCAUAAAGUCGCUGUAAAAUCAAUUUAUAAAAUUUGACAAUUUGAUGAAUAACUUGCUUUGAAAUCAUAAGUCAAGCAGAUAAAAAGUAUACAUUUUAACAAAAACAUUGUUUGAAUGUAUAACCAUAUAUUUGUUACAUUAUAAUAUUUAUGUUUGAAAAAUAUGUGAUUGCAUUGAGUGCAUGUAUGUUUUCUAUCAAAAUGGAAACAACUAAUACAUUUGGUAAGAAAAUGUAAAGUACUUUAAUGACGCAAAUUAUUUCCAGGCUUUCGAGGGGCCAAAUAAAAUUAUGUGGCGGGCCAGAUCUGGCCCCGGGCCUUGAGUUUGACACCUGUGCCCUAACUAAUUAGAACUGCAUGGUUAGAGCUGACCUACCAGAGAUUUGCUAACACACUUUAAUUAAUAUGACCCCCGCCCUCGCCGCCCAAGGAAAUUGAAUGAAACCAGUCGUGUAAUUGCCACAAAAUACACUAUCCUUCAUAUCUAUACAUGAAUCAUCUUCAAAACAGAUGGUUCCACAACCCCUGGCAAAAAAAUUAUGGAAUCACCGGACUUAGAGGAUGUUCAUUCAGUUGUUUGAAAAGCAGUUAACAGACAUAACACAAAACUCUAGUAAUCUCAAAUGGCAACUUUCUGGCUUUAGGAAACAUUAAAAGAAAUUGAGACAGUAAAUUGUGGUAGUCAGUAACAGAUCCAUUUUUAGAUUGUUGUGUAUUUGAUGGUCGUGUCACUCUCCCAGGACAGAGUGACUGUGUGAUGAGCCAAGAAGACGCCAACGAGGAAUCGUCGAACAAAAGGCUUUAUUUGUUUCAGCGAGCCUCAGACUGGAACUGCAGUUUCCAGGAGAAAGAGUGGGGCUGAUUACUCCUCUCCUGUCUUCUUAGACAACUGUCCUUAAAUGCCUUUUAAACGAAGACCCUUACUCUUUGUAGUUCUAGCCUUGGAGACGGGCAGUCUAGCCAGUCAAUCUUUCCCUGACAUUAUUCCUCUGAUCAGUUUGAGUCGGGUGACCUUCUGACCCCUAUCCUUUACUCCUACCUGUGAGGGCUUCCUACCAGAUGUUGCUAAUGUUUUUAUUAUCACUCCUUAAAUCCAAACCUGGAUUCCAGUUGUCAUAGGGGCAAGAGCCACCACUCUCUAGAGAGCUUUUGAUGGACAUGUGCACCUUUCAAGUUAUCUAAGGGCAUAUUUCCUUAUGAGGAUAACCCUGUAAAGGAUUAUGUGACCAAAUACAAACACAUGAUAGCUCACAAUCAUAUAAGUAAAUGGUACACGGUAUAAUUCACCUCAAAAUCAAUCAGAGUAAUACCAUAUUAUGGAAUCACUCAAUUCUGAGGAAAAAAAUGAUGGAAUCACUGUAAGUAUUCAUUUCCAAAGCUAACCCGUGCAUCAGAUGAAAUAUGUUAAUUAGUCUACAGUUAAAAACUAAGUGUCACACCUUGGAGAGCUGUUGCACCAAGUAAAUUGACAUGAAUCAUGUCCUCAACAUGAGAGAUAAUGAAACAAAGGAAGAUUUAAGUUCUCCGCAAUGCUAAAUAUCACACCAUGUUGCAAAAGAUGUUGGUUGUUCACAGUCAGCUUUGUCUAAAAUCUGGACCAAGUACAAACAACAUGAGAAGAUUGUAAGAGGCAAACAUACUGGUAGACCAAGGAAAACAUCAAAGCGUUAAGACAUACAACUGAUAACAGAGAAUGCACAGCAAAACAAGAAAAACAAACGGGCGGAAACUGGAGUGAUAGUCUGAUGGAACUGUAAGAAACCGCCUAAAGGAAAUGGGAUUUAAAUAUAGUAAAACAAAAGAAAACAAACAUGGUUCCAAUGGGCUAAGGAAAAGCAAUCAUGGACUAUGGAUGACUGGAUGAAAGUCAUAUUCAGUAAUGAAUUGUGAAACUGCAACUGGACAAGGUGAUGAUGCUGGAACUUUUGUUUGGUGCUGUUCCAACGAGAUUUAUAAAGACGACUGCCUGAAGAAAACAUGUCAUUGAUGGUAUGGAGUUGCAUGUCAGGUAAUGGCUGUCAUUACAUCUUUGAUAAAUGCACCAAUUUACAUUGACAUUUUGGGUACUUUUCUUAUUCCAUCAAUUAAAAGGAUGUUUGGAGAUGAUGACAUCAUAAUCAAGAUUAUAAUGCAUCUUGCCAUAGAGCAAACAACUGUAACUCUUUCCUUGGAGAAAGAUACAUAAGGUCAAUGUCAUGGCCUGCAAAUAGUCUGGAUGUCAAUUCAAUGAAAAAAAAUCUGUGGUGGAAAUAGAAGAAAAGGGUCCAUUACAAGACUCUACCCUGCAAAGCUGAUCUGACAACAGCAAUCAGAGAAAGUAGGAGCAAGAUUGAAGAAGAGUACUGUUUGUCACUCGUUAAGUCCAUGCCUCGUGGACUGCAGGCUGUUAUAGAAGUGGUGUAACAAAGUACUGGACAAGUGGUGUGUUGUAGUGGUUGUUUUGUACUUCACGAUUCUAUAUUUUUCUUCAGAAUUGAUUGAUUCCAUAUUGUAAUUUCAUUCCAUUUGGCCUAAAAUGAAACUUACUACCACCAUUUAUUGUCCUGAUUUAUUUUAGUGUUUCUUAAAGCCAGAAACGACUACAUUUUUUCUGCUUUUCCUCUGCAACAUCAAACAACUGAAUGAACGUCCUCCAAGUCUGGUGAUUCCAUCGUUUUUGUCCAAGGGUACCAGACAUCUUUAGAUAUUUUUAAAGUCAUCCUAUUAAAAUAACGCACGUUAAUUUGUAUAAUUAGCAUCAAUUUGUAUUUUCUAAUUGAAACAGUUUAGAUUCUUUGAUUUGAUUUGUGUAUAUUUCCAAACCGAAAACGAUCAACACUUUAAACCAAAACUUUUUGGCUCAGGGGCCACAUUGGCUUGUGAAAUUUGACAGAAAGCACAUGAUGCAUUUCAAAGCAUAUCAUAUCUGUUGAAACUAAGAGUAGGCUUCUCAAACAUGGGCUAUUUUAAUCAUAAUACAUAUAUUUUCAACAAUAUCAUAUAAUCAAAGAAACAUACAAAUGGUAUUAAAGGGGUUAACACUUAAGUUGUCUUUUAGUGGGACGGGUGUUGUUGAUCACCAAUUUUUGCCAGUGCGUCGAAGUCUAGUAUCAGUUUUGUUGUGGCACAUCUCAAAACAGAUCUUUGCUCAAUUCUGUUUUAAUAUUUGGCGGGCCGCAUUAAAGGAACCAAUGUGGCUGUAGUUUGCCCACCCCUGCUUUAAAAAACAUAUAUGUAUAUUAAUAUAUAUAUAUAUAUAUAUUUGUUUUCUUUUUAAAACAUACAAUACCAGGUUGGCAGUAGACCACAAUGAUGUAUCCCACUGGAUGUCUUAUGGAUUUUAUCAAAAAACAACACAAUCUAAUAGUGUGAACACGACAAAUAACAUUUGAACUUAAAAUCAUGCUUCAUCACUUUACUUGUGAAUCUUAAAAAACUGAAACAAUGGUUGUAGACAACCACAACAUAUCACACUGUGCAUCUUGUGCAUCUUGUGCAUUCUGAGAAGUGUCCCGAGACUUUUUUCUACAAAGCCCUAUAGUGUCUGCAUUUUAUUCCCCAGACAGUGCAUAUGAUCAUGACGCAAUGCGGCUGGUAGACAUUGCAUUAGUCUCACUUGUAUACAACAUAUAGCAUCACUGCAGUGAUGUUCCUCAUCUUAUAGCCACACGAUGAAGAUAAAUGUUCUCUCCACACACACACACACACUCAGUCUAUACCACAACUUGUAUAAGGACCCUCUGCAAUGAUCACAGUCCGGUACAAUUACAGCAGCAAGUGUAACAUUCAGCACCAUUAAGAGCAUCAACUACCGACUGUUCAGGCACUGCUUUGCUUUAUGAGUGUUGAGGGGAGAUAUUCGAACCUCUGAUGGGUUUAAUAAA